CGAACACAUUCUCUGACACGACCUUCGAGGGGAAUGCCAUACAGAAAAAUGCCAAUCGUUUCCAAUACUAGUCUCCAGGUUGUACACAAGGUGCCUACGAAAGAUUCUGAGAUGCAAACCGAAAUCAUUGGAGACGUCAAGCCCAUAAUGCGUACACUGGAAACCGAUUCACAAACAUUUGUGCCCGAGUUAGUUGAAAGUGAAGUCUGGACACACGAGCCUGAAUUUGAUUGGUUUUUGAAUGUGAAGGUGUAUAGACCAAUCGGAUUUCAUCAGCAAAAUCAAUUACGUUGUAGUAUUAAUUAUCAAAAACAAUUUCAGAAGACAGAGCUGUACAGGAGUCCACCAGACACUCCGACUAGAGAAAAGCGUGUUAAGAUUGUUGAGCCAGAUAAACUAGGACGAACCAAGAGCAUGAUUGGAUCAAAAGCUAGGAGUUCAAUGGGAAGAAAGAAGAAGGACGUAGCUGAGGAUGAGGCCUGGAAAGAUGAAAG